GUGUCUCUCUUGAUUAAUUCUUUUGGUGAGUGGAGUAAUGGCGGGAGAGUUGAAGAGGAGCAACAGCACGUUCAACAUCUCCGCCUCCCCGAAGCUCUUCACCCUCGCAAUUGUCAACACUGGCGGAAGGGUCCUCUUGGGUCUCAAGAAACGAGGUUUUGGAGAGGGCUAUUUCAAUGGAUUUGGUGGGAAACUUGAGGAAGGGGAAUCCAUCGAUGAAGCGGCUGCUAGAGAGCUUGAAGAAGAGGCUUGUAUCUCUCCAGUGGGUAUGAAGAAGCAUGGAGUCCUGAUGUUUUUUUUUGAUGACAGGCCUUGCCCUUGGGAGGUACAUGUUUUCAAUGUUCCUGACUACAUGGGGAAGCCCUGCGAAACAGAAGAAAUGCUACCAACUUGGUUUGCCCAUGAGGAUAUUCCAUAUGAUAAAAUGUGGAUGGAUGAUAAGGUUUGGUAUCCUCAUUUUCUUAAAGGUGAUAUGUUCAAGGGAAAGUUUUUCUUUGAGAACACCCAUAACUUAGUAUCUUAUGAGUGCUCAGUAGUUGAGGCUUUGUAAAUCAUCUUAAUCUGUGGUUGGGAAGAAUUAUGGAACUAUCGAUAAUUCCAAUAUCCAUGAAUCCGAGUCUCAGAUCCUAAUAUUAUGCUUUAGUAUCUUCUCAAUAUUAUAUUAUGCUUUUGAAUAGCUGCUGUGGAUCAUGAUUCUUGUGGUGUAAACACACACAGCUUUAUAUUUAGCCAAUGCAAAAUUAUUACGUGA